AUGCUAUUUCAAAACUAGAACAACAACAAUAACAAGCCUCCAGUACCUCCAAGAUUCUAUCCAGGCAACCCUGCAUUGAAUAAAAAUGCUGAUGGACUUCUUUGUUCUAUUAAUACUGCUUAAAACAAUAUUUAAAUCUCAAGAGCUGAAACUAGAGUAGAGUAUUACAGAAAUCAAAAACAACCAUCUUAAUCAAUGGCCUAAGGUGGAUUUUAAUAAUAAAAUCAACAGGGAACUCUAUUUGGAGGAGUCCAACAACCACAAUAAUAACAAUCGACAUUAUUUGGUUAGUAAGCACCUGCUUAACCAACAUUAUUUGGACAAUCCUAGCCAGGAUUAGGACUAGGAGGCGGUUUAGGAACAGGAAUGGGAACAGGUCUAGGAACUGGAUUAGGUGGAGGAUUAACAGGUUUGGGUCAAUAACAGUAGACACAACCUAAUUAAACAGGUUUAGGCGCAGGUUCACAAGCAAGUCCAUUUGGAGGAGGUUUAGGAACAGGAUUCGGAGGAGGACUAGGAACUGGAUUAGGAACAGGAUUGGGUACAGGAUUAGGCACAGGAUUAGGAACAGGACUAGGUUCAGGAUUAGGCACAGGAUUGGGCACAGGAUUAGGCACAGGAUUAGGAACAGGAUUGGGAUAGAAUCCAGCCACUUAAGGAACAGGUUUGGGAUUAGGAUUUGGAUAAUAAUAGUAAUAAUACUAGCCAGGAUUACUUGGACUGGGUUAACCAUAAUAAUAGUAAGGGUUAUUAGGAGCAGCACCUUAACAAGGAGGCUUGCAAUUAUAACAGCCUAUGCAAUAAUAACCUUAAGGACUAUUAGGUUAGAUGCCAUAAUAAGGUUUAGGAUAGUAAAAUUGGGAUAAUAAUCCAAGUGGAGCAAUGAAUUAGGCAGCUCCAAAUUAAUAAGCCUUCUAUAAUCCAGCAUAUCCAGUUUAUUAGCAAUAGCAAUUAGACAUGAAUAUAGAUUUUGAUAUCAAAAAUGAAUAGGAAUACUUAAGAGAAGUAGAGGAUGAAUUCAAAAAAAAGUUUCCUACUUUUAGUGAGUAUGCCUAGUAGAAUGACGUAACCUUUAGUGUGGGUAAUGUUAAUUUGAGAUUCAAGAAUCCAUCCUUAGAAAUUAAAAUUAAGUCAAAGAAUAAUUAAAAACAAAAGGAAGAAAUAAAACCAUGGUAUCUGUCUUUAAAAUAGGAUAAAAAGGAUUAAAAAUAAUACAAGCAAUCCCUGAAUAAAUAAUAUUAUAGUAAGAGUAAUAAAAAGGAAAUGGAUGAUUAUGCAUAAGGAAGUCUUGUGCAAAUCAAAUCAGAGGAAUAAUAAAGUGAAAAAAAAAUAAAUCCCAGAGCACCCAUAUGUACGAACUAUGUUUUAACUCCAAAUAUUUAAGCCCUUUAAGAAAUGAGUGAUAAUUAAUUAACUAGAGUCAGAGAUUUCAAGAUUUCGAAUUAAUAUGGCAGCAUUCAAUUCUUAGAGUAAGUAGAUUUGAAGGAUAUGAAUAUUGAUUAGAUUGUUAAAUUGAAAUAGGAUAGUGUAGAGUUUUAUCCAGAAGAUCUAUUUGGAUAAGUUCCUAAGUAUGGGAAUGGGUUGAAUGUAAGAUGUAAAGUAGUACUAACUAACUUUGCUUGUGAGAAUAGAGGCAUGUGUGAAAUGAGAUUAAAUAACAAAAAGGAAUUCGAGAAAGUAGUCAAAAGUUGGACGGAAAAGAACAAUAUGAAGUUCAUUUCAGCUGGUGAUGAUGUUGUUUUUGAAUUGGAUCAAUUAUGAUUAAAAUAUAUUAUAGAUACCAUUAUUAGAAUAUCUC